AGACAAGCUUCGGCUAGACCCACUCUCGAAUUGGCCAAUGCCAGUCAGGCCAAUAUUCAGCUAUCCGGCUAUCGUUGGUAUCGGGGUAUUGUGUUAUCGAAGUAUCAAAAAGCAGCUUCAAUAAUGACGAUUGCAGGAGCUUUGGAUGGUGUGAUGCUGUAUAUCGUUUUAGAGUUAGAGGAAGAAUGGUCACAACAGCUUCGUUGAAUUAACUACUCUCAUUUCCCUUCUCUUCUCUCUCUUGUUUCUUUUUACUGGCUUCCUGCUACUCGACUGAGAUGAUCCUCCGAGGUACGGCAAGAUGUUGUCGAAGCAUACGACCUAUCGUUCAGCGUCAAGCGCCACAAUAUGCUCGUCAAUGCCGAAGACGAUACUCGAUUCCCGCCAGCUCAGCGCCUAUAGGUAGCUCUACAAGUUCUGCAGGCAUGCUGGCUCCUUUCACAAAUGAACUUGACCGCCUCGCGCCCUCAUUUAGGAUCAAUGGGUCUCAAAUUCGCAUCAUCAAAUCUCCAACCGAUUUCUACGAGACACUGAAGACCAAGAUACUAAGCGCAAAGAACCGAAUAUUCUUGUCGACUUUAUACAUCGGCAAAUCCGAGAAAGAGCUGAUCGCGACUCUACAAGAAGCGCUUCGUAAAAACCCCGAGCUCAAGUUGAGCAUAUUAACCGACGCCCUUCGAGGAACUCGCGAAGCUCCCCAUCCCUCCUGCGCAUCGCUGCUCGCGCCCCUCGUCACCGAGUUUGGCCCUGAUCGAGUCGAGAUUCGUAUGUAUCAUACCCCAAACCUGACCGGGCUGCGAAAGAAGCAUAUACCAAAACGCAUUAACGAGGGUUGGGGAUUGCAACAUAUGAAAUUGUAUGGGGUUGAUGAUGAGAUGAUCCUAUCAGGCGCCAAUUUGUCCAACGACUAUUUCACAAACCGCCAGGAUCGGUACCAUCUUUUCGCAUCAAAAGAUGUCACUGAUUACUUUUGGAGGCUUUAUCAAGGUGUUACUUCAUUGAGCUUCCUUGUCGAGCCAACUCAAGAAGCUGCAGGAUUCCGGCUCCAGUGGCCAUCAACUAAUGCUGCCCCAUCUCCCCUUGAGCAACCUGCGAAAUAUGUGUCACAAGCGACCGAUAUUGUUAGGAAGUUGAUUUCGUUGGGCGACGAUAACGCAGGGCUCCCCUCGCCAGAUGAAUCGCCAUCAUCUAAAGACACGACUGUGUAUAUGCUGGGACAACUCUCCCAGUUACUACGACCUGAUACUUCCACGGAGCUACCCGUUGUCACACACGUUUUGAAGACACUAGCAAAACCAGAGUACUCUAGCUCAUCGUGGACUUUUACCGCAGGGUACUUCAACCCUGAUCCUACGCUUAGGAAUCUUCUACUCUCAACUGCCUCCCAAAACAACACGGUCAUCACAGCGUCCCCGCAAGCCAACGGAUUUUACGGAUCAAAGGGCGUUUCCGGUCUUCUGCCUGGGGCGUAUACAUACCUAGCGAGACGCUUUCUUCGGGAAGUACAUCAGCGCAAACGUGACUCCGCGAUAUUUCUAAAAGAGUGGCGAAAGGGAACUGUGGGUGAACCCGAAGGCUGGACAUAUCAUGCUAAAGGGUUGUGGGUUACACUACCUAAUGAGAAGGACCCUUCUAUUAGUAUCAUCGGCAGUUCAAACUAUACUAAGCGAAGUUAUUCUCACGACCUAGAGGCUGGCGCUCUGAUCGUAACCAGAGAUGAAGAUCUGAAAAAGAGACUAGGAGCCGAACAGAAAUGGCUUCAAGAUUUCGCAAAGCCCGUCACCCUGGACGACUUCGCUACUACUGAGAGGAGGGUAGGAUUGAAUGUCCGCAUCGCUAUGUGGAUAGUCAGUCUUGUUGGAGGUGCCCUUUAAUCCGGAGAACCCAUUUGUUCCGCUAAGGAAUUUGACAUGUGUCAGACCGAAUAUCUGGGCCUUGUCGAGCGGGAGCAUCUGAAAUCGUGCAUGCGAUGUGGUAAUUGAUCUAUCCAUUAAUCCACUCGACAUGGCUUCCGGACAGCGGCCGUAAAACUUGGCCCCGUGGCUGUCUCCAUCAUUUACUGUAUUUGUGAGCGGACAACUUCGCUCCGUGUACCAUCUUAGACGCAUCAAAGAUACCCACGAAUAGAAUUGUACAAUGAUG